UUUCCCCAAAACUUUUUAUUUUAAAACAUUUCAUACCUUCAAAACAAAAUUGUUCUAAGAAUAGUGCAAUGUAAAUCCAUAUACCCUUCCCCCAGAUUCACUAAUAGUUUACAUUUUACCACAUUUAUAUGCUUUAUAUUUUUUUCAUCAUUUGUCUCUUAAGAACAAAGACAUUCUCUCACACAACUAUAAGGCAAGUAUCACACUCAGAAAAUUUAAUUGAUGUAAUACUGUCUUCAGAUAUAUGGUCUUUAUUUAGAUUUUCCAAAUUAUCUCAAUAAUAUCAUUUGUAAUUUGAAGAGUCCAGACCAAAUUUGUUUAUUUGUUUUGCAGAAUAUCCCUAAUUUUGGAUUUGUCUGAUUGAUUCCCCUUGAUUAGACUCAGGUUAAACAUUUUGGCAGCACUAUGACAGAGACAGUGCUGUGCCCUCAGUGCUCACACCAGGGGGCACGUGGUGUUAGAUUGUCCCAUCACUGCUGAUGGUAAAUUUGAUUAUUUGGUUAAAGUUGUGUGUACCAAAUUUUCCAUUGUAAACAUAUUCCCUUUAUGUGGGGUGAUAGUUUGAAUGAAUAUCCUCUUUCCCAACAGUAUUUCACCCAGUGGUGUUAGCAUCCAUUGUUUAUUCUCACCUGUAUUAAAUGUCCCUGUGGUGGUUGUAAAAUUGUUUUCCAUUUUUAUCAACCUCCCCCUCUCUUCACCUCUCCUCCAUUGCUCUCUCUUGAGCUCAAAAUACUGUGGAAGAUCUUACCAUGACCCAGGCAGGCAUUAUGCUUAGCAGUAGGGAUACAGGGUGAAUAAGACAGCCUGAAUUCUCUGCCCUCAGGGAGCUUAAAUGGACACAUUGCAUUUUGAACAAUUAUUUAUUGAAUGACUUAUCAGUUGCUGUUGAGUUGAUUCUAACUCAUGGCAACCCCAUGUGUGUCAGAGUAGAACUGGGCUCCGUAGGGUUUUCAGUAGAUGAUUUUUCAGAAGUAGAUCAUCAAGCCUUUCUUCCAAGGUGCCUCUGGAUGGACUGAACCUCCAACCUUUCAGUUAGCAGCCGAGCACAUUAACCAUUUGCACCACCCAGGGACUCCUCUUUCGUGUGUACCAUGUGCCUUAUUGUGCUACUUGGCAAAGAUACAGGAGUGAACAGAACAGUCAAAUGCCUGCUCCCAUGGAGCCUACGUUCAAGUUGGUGAGCAGGAAGAGAAUAUAAAGAGGGAAAGUGAGAUUGGUAGAAAAGAGUUGAUUUUUAAAUAGGGUGAUCAGAGAAGACCUCACUAAUAAGGGGCUAUUUUCACAAAGAUCUGAAAGCAGUGAGGGAGCAAGCCACAUGGGGAAGUGGCGAACAGGUGUUGUAGGCAGAGAGAAGCAUGUGUACACGCAAGCUUACUGUGAUCAGGGAAGAACUGGAGACCGUGAGGGCAGAGAGUUAAAGCAGAGAAAAUCAGAGAUAGAUGGGGCAGGGUGGGGCUCAGUAAGUAGUUGAAGACAUGAAAUAAUGAGAGAAGUUUGGGCUAGAGAUACUCUUUGGGGAUUUGGCAGCACGCGCAUGGCUUUUUCAGCCAUGAGACAGCGUGCGAUCACCCGGGAGUGAGAGUAGAUAGAGGAUGGAAGAGAAAGUAGAUCAGAGAGCUGAGGAGGAACCAACGGAGGUUCAAUAAAAGGAGACCCAGUGAAGUGGGCAGGGUGGAUCCAGGGUCAUUGGAGCCUGGAGCUUAUACAGGUUUGGGGAUCUCAAGGAAAAAAAAAUAAGAAUGAAAAUGAGUAUUUAGAGUGAGAAAGGAAAUCAAAACAAAUUACUAAUUAAAAAAACCCUGAGAAAUAUAGAAAAAAUCACAAAAUGUAAACAGCAGUGUUCUUUUUAUUAUAUUGCUGAUGAAUUGCUAGAUACACCUGUAUCAUAUUUGCCCUACAUUUUUGACUGCAUAUUCUUUUAUUCCCUCAAUAUGACAAUUUGAAAUUCAGUUUUCUGUAGAGGUCAUAAAUAAUUCAGCCAUUCCUCCAGCAUGGUUGAUCAAAAUUAAUUUUUUUCGUUACUGAUGGUUUAAAGACACAUUUAUUUUAACCUCACAGCUCUGUGUAGCAUGGCCUCAUCUGUAACUUCCUCUGUGGUUUCUUACUCUAGCAGUGCUUCUUGCCCACAAGCAAGCAGCCCUUCGCUCUCACUGGACGUGGCAUGGGUCCUUUUUGGUCUUGCUGGCCCAAGCAACAGCUGAUCCAGCUUGGCCAGAACCACACAGCAAUCAGGCCCCGCUCCUUGCCAACUGCUAGCUUAGUCCUGGGGAUGAUAAGAUGGCCAUGAAGCUGGGGUCAAGGUGACUCCAUGCAAGGAGUAGAGCUGCCCAGAGCAGUGUCUCCUUCAGAUCUUCUCCUUGAUAUACAAGGUGGGUUCUGAUGUUGAUGAAGUCAGGGCCCGGACGAAGGAGAAGUAGUGCUGGCAGACGGCUUGUCCUCCUCCUAGCACCAGAAUCACCACUCCGUCAUCUCCAAGUAGGAGACAAUGUUCUAUGACACUGCUGGGGUGCUACCACAGUCUUAGAAGGGACCUGCAAGUGAGGAACCCCGAAGCUUAAGCUUUAUUCACUUCAAGGCAAACAGGCCUCUGUUAAGAAGAAAGGAGGAGUCCCUGGGUGGUGCAAAUGCUUAAUGCUCUUGGAUACUAACUGAAAGGUCGGAGGUUCAAGUCUACCCAGAGGCACCCUGGAAGAAAGGCCUGGUGAUCUACUUCUGAAAAAUCAGCCGUUGAAAACCCUAUGGAGCACAGUUCUACUCUGACACACGUAGGGUCAUUAUAAGCCAGAUCGACUCGAUGACAACUGAGGACAGGCAGGAAAAGGAGCUGUCUUGGAAGUGAAGUGAAGAAAGCAGUCCAGGGAGGGAGUGAUCAGCGAUGUUCAUUGCUCUGCAGAGAUGACUAAGAAUUAAUCAUUGGGUUUCACAACAGGAAGGUCAUCAGUAGUCUUGACAAAAACAUUUUGAUGACAUUGUGGGGGAAAAAAUCUGAGGGGUAGAUUCACGAGAGAAUAGAGGUGAAUAGGAGAUGAUGAAUACAGAUAACUUUCUUGUUUUGUUCAUGAAAGUUAAUGUCCACGGUUUUUAUUUACGAAGCAAAGAGGAUAUUUUCUAUUUUCGUCUCUUCAGAAAGCUUUAAAUUAUGUUGUCACUUUGGUUUAUGUCACAGUAGAUCCUCAACACAAAGACAGCUUCUCAAUCCUCAUAUAGAUGCUCAAAUUAGAAUAAAAAGGGAACUCAAGAAACUCUCCUGCCACACGUCCCAUGCGUAUGCAAGUGAAACUCGUUUACAGCCUGUCUCCCAGAGACGUUGAAAAGCCCUGUAAAUGAAUGGAAGUCAGCGUCUUGUGUUCACAUGUGCUGACCUCAGCUUCCAGUAUCAUGUCCUGGUUUACUCCUGAGUCCUGUUGAUCAUUUUGAGGUCUUAUUCAGCCAUCUCACUUUUCACCUUUCCUGGAGCUUGACUCAGCAAAGUGUAUUACGCUGCCCACACUCACUCCAUGUUUGCUCACAACAAACCAGUUUGGAGAUAACCAAAACCAAACCAAACCUGUUGCCAUCGGGUUGAUUUCGACGCAUAGUAACCAGUACAUUAAAAAAUCGUACUUUAAAAAAAUGUGAUAGCCCAUUGUAUUGUCCUUUUUUUAGUGUUUAAAAGAAACCCGUUGCUGUCACGUCAGCCCCGACUCAUGGCGACCCCGUGUGUGUCAGAGUAGAACUGUGUCCUGUGGAUUCUCAGUGGCUGGUUUUUCAGAAGUGGAUCACUAGGCCUUUCUUCUGAGAUGGAUGAGUCAAGUGAUGAUAUAGACCAAAUGUUCAGCAAUUUGCUAGGAGAGAUGGACCUCCUAACCCAGAGUUUAGGAGUUGACACUCUUCCUCCGCCUGACCCAGAACCUACCAGAGCUGAAUUUAACUACAGUGUGGGUUUUAAAGAUUUAAAUGAGUCCUUAAAUGCCUUGGAGGAUAAAGAUUUAGAUGCCCUCAUGGCUGACCUGGUAGCAGACAUUAGUGAAGCUGAACAGAGGACAAUCCAGGCACAGAAAGCCUCUUCUCAGAAUCAACAUCCUUCAGCAUCUCUUGAGGCAUCAUCCAAUUUCAGUGGUACAGCCUCUCUGGGUUAUGAGGCACAUGUUGCUGCAACUGGUAUCAGCUCCUGCGAAGAGGAUUUACCACCUCCACCAGCCGAUCCCAUCUUAGAGCUUCCUCUUCCACCACCGCCUCCCAUGCCUCUGUCUCAGGAAGAAGAAGAAACCCAAGCCAAGGCCGAUAAAAUUAAGUUGGCGCUGGAAAAACUGAAGGAGGCUAAGGUUAAGAAGCUCGUGGUCAAGGUGCACAUGAAUGAUAACAGCACAAAGUCGUUGAUGGUGGAUGAGAGGCAGUUGGCCCGAGAUGUUUUAGACAACCUCUUUGAGAAAACUCACUGUGACUACCAUGUAGACUGGUGUCUUUAUGAAAUAUACCCCGAACUACAAAUUGAGAGGCUUUUUGAAGACCACGAAAAUGUUGUUGAAGUCUUAUCAGAUUGGACAAGAGACACAGAGAAUAAAUUGCUGUUUUUGCAGAAAGAGGAGAAAUAUGCUGUAUUUAAAAACCCGCAGAAUUUUUACUUGGAUAACAAAGGCAAAAAAGAAGGCAAGGAAACAAAUGAGAAAAUGAAUGCGAAGAACAAGGAAUCCUUACUCGAGGAAAGUUUCUGUGGAACCUCUGUCAUUGUGCCAGAACUUGAAGGAGCGCUUUAUUUGAAAGAAGAUGGAAAGAAAUCCUGGAAAAGGCGUUAUUUUCUUCUUCGGGCUUCUGGGAUUUAUUAUGUACCCAAAGGAAAGACUAAGACAUCGCGAGAUCUGGCAUGUUUUAUACAGUUUGAAAAUGUCAACAUUUACUAUGGGACUCAGUGUAAAAUGAAAUACAAAGCUCCCACUGACUACUGCUUUGUUCUGAAGCACCCCCAAAUACAGAAGGAGUCCCAGUAUAUCAAGUAUCUCUGCUGUGAUGAUGCAAGGACUCUAAACCAAUGGGUCACAGGAAUCAGGAUUGCCAAGUAUGGAAAGACUCUUUAUGAUAACUAUCAGCGGGCUGUGGCAAGAGCUGGGCUUGCCUCUCGGUGGACAAACCUGGGAACCGUCAACACAGCUACACCAGCUCAACCUUCUACAGGACUUAAACCCGACGCUGCUCAGCCCAAUGGUCAGAUUCCCCAGGCUGCACAUUCUGUUAGUGCUGUUCUUGCUGAGGCCAAGAGACAGGUGGAACCGACCAAGAAGAACGUGCCAGCCCUUAGCAACCAGGACCCGAAAGCGUCCAGAGCCAGUCACCUUCCCAAGUCCAGCCAGCCGCCGCCCCCACCCGUGCGACGACUGUCAGACACCAGCUGCAGCCCGGUGUUGCCCUCCAAGCCCAAGAGCACCACCGGCGCCUUCCCAGCCCCGCCCGACGAUUUUCUGCCGCCGCCCCCGCCGCCGCCGCCGCCCCUGGAGGAGGACGAGCUCCCGCCCCCGCCACCGCCCCCGGAUUUUCAGGAAGCACCCCCAGACUUCGUGCCUCCCCCACCACCUGCGACUGCGGCGGACAUGGGGCCUUUACCGCCUCCUCCCCCGCCGCCACCCGCCCUGGCCCCAGAAUCCAGGCAGCCGCCCCCCACUGUCGCCAGAAAGCUUCCCGUUCCCCCAAAGAGGCAAGAGAACCCGGGUGCACCCAUCAGGGGACAAAGUGGGGAGCAAGAUUUUAUGUCAGAUCUCAUGAAAGCUUUGCAAAAGAAGAGAGGCAACGUGUCCUAAGGGCAGUAUCUAAAUAUUUGUGUGUGCUAGAUAUUUCUAACAGGUUCGUUUUUGCUACUUUAUUUUUGUGACACCUUCUUCAUUUCAGAUAAACUGUUGACGUAUUCAGACUAGAAAUGGUGUAAAAAUUUUCAGUAUCGCCAAAGUACAUUCAUAAUUCUUAAGCUAACAGAAUUAUAAUAUCUGUCUAAAUGUACAUAUCUUUUCUAUAUUUUCACUUAAAUGCAAUUUCUCUUCCCUUCCAAGUAAAAUGAUGUUUUGUGUUCACUUAUUUUAUCAUGUUCUGAAGCAUCAAGUUAAUAAAAAGUUAAAUGUUUUCUUCCUGAAAAUGGUAUUUCUAGAAACAUUGUAUAAAUUUAGUGAGCUAUCAACACUAAAAUUUUAUAAUGUACUUUUUUUUCAAUCGCUUUCAAAAUCACUAUGCCUUCUAAAGUCUUCUUGACCUUAGAUAUAUUUCCCACCUCCACCUCAAUGACCUUCAGAAUUUUCAGAAGAGGAAAAAGAAGAAAACGAGAGCGGACAAGUAUAUUGAGUUUCUUUGAGACUCAGCCCUUGAUUGAUUGGGGUCCUGUAUAUAUACUGUUUUUGUGAUAUAUGGUUGAAUACUGUGAUAAUUGGAAAAAUACUUAAUUUAGAUAUUUGGAUUCUCUAUUACGAGUUUCUUUUUUUUUUACUAGAAUGGAACCCUGGUGGCAUAAUGGUUAAGUGCUACGGCUGUCAACCAAGAGGUCAGCAGUUCAGAUUCGCCAGGCGGUCCUUGGAAAUUCUACAGGGCAGUUCUACUCUGUCCUAUAGGGUCACUAUGAAUUGGAAUCCACUCAAUGGCAGUGGGUUUUAGUGGGAUUACUAGAAUGCUACAAAAAUCUUCUAAAUAAAAAUUUAGGGACGGGAAAAGGUAAUCAUAUAUAUUCUUCAAUUUGGAAUGUUUUUACCUCAGAGAUAAAUUUAAUGACCAAUUUUAAUAACCAAUUUAUUCUGGGUAUCCUUAUCUUUUUCUAAUUGGCUUCUGAUAGGCCUUUAUAUCUUUAUUUUAGUUUUAUUUCCAUGAUUCUGUUUUAUAUUUUAUUUA